GGGGAUCGCCUUCCUGGAAAUGGAGAACAAGAAAUCUGCUUCGUUUCCCGUAGACUUCAUGGCAUUCAACCUCUCAUUCAGCUCCAUGGAAUAAGGAUUUAUAGAAAUUAAAUUAAUCCUCAGCUGAUGUAGCAGAGCAUGAACGAAUCUCCGAUCAUUUCUCUUCCAAUCGACGCCGCCGCCGCCGCCGCAUCCAGAAUGUUCGAACCUACCAGCAAUUCUUCCACCACGACCGUCAACGGUGGUGUGAAGCGCAUCAAGAACCGACAGCCGCCUUUAACGGUCCCAGCCGGCUGCACCUGUUUCCGCCUCCUCUGCCAUGCCUCCCGCAUUGGCGGUGUUAUCGGAAAAUCCGGAGCUAUCAUCAAGCAGUUACAGCUGGAAACGUCAGCCAAAAUCCGGGUGGAAGAUCCGCCGCCUCGUUCCGACGACCGUGUGAUCACCGUCAUCGCCAAUAGCUCAGUGAACAAAAGGCUAUCGUUUGGUGAAGACGAUAAUCGUGAUGUAAGUAGUGAAUAUAAUGAAGUUUCAGCUGCACAAGAGGCGUUGGUUAGGGUUUUUGAGAGGAUUUUGCUUGUUGCUGCCGAAGCCGAUGGAGGGCAUUUUGCCCCUGGAGGUGUGGUUUCAUGUCGAUUACUAACAGAUAAGAGUGUUGUUGGUUCUGUCAUCGGAAAAGGGGGAAUAGUAAUCGCAAAGAUCAGAAAGGAUACUGGGUGUAAGAUUAGGAUAUUAGUUGAUGAUAAACUGCCCUCUUGUGCACUGCCUACAGAUGAAAUGGUGGAGAUUGAGGGUGAUGUUUUGGCCAUUAAGAAGGCACUUGUUGCUGUCAGUCGUUGCCUUCAAGAUUGCCCCCAUGCUCACAAGGCAAGGAUGGCUAUAGGUCGGUCCCAUCAUAACGUUCCUAGGAAGACCAUACCUAAUGGGCACACGGAUUUCCCUCCACCACGAACUCAAGUGCUUCAACCACCACCAACCACCUCUGCCGAUCAUCAUGUAGGUGGCCACCACCCUUUAUCUUCAGAUGGUGGCACCAUUCCUUCCAUGGACUCCAUAACUUCUCAGCAAGAAAUAGUUUUCAGGAUGCUAAUUUCUAACGACAGGGUGGGAAGCUUGAUAGGCAAGUCAGGGACAAUCAUCCAAGCUCUUCAAAAUGAAUCAGGUGCUACUAUAACCGUUGGAGCUCCUGUUUCUGAUUGCGCUGAGCGUUUAAUCACUAUUACCACUAUGGAGAGCCCAGAGUCACAGAUUUCGCCUGCACAAAAUGCAGUUAUUCUUGUUUUCAAUAGGUUUAUGGAGACCGGCUCUCAAAAAGGGUUGGAUCAAUCAUCGACGGGCACACCAUUUUCUGCUAGAAUUUUGAUUUCGCCGAACCAAAUUGGUUGUUUGUUGGGUAAAGGUGGUUCCAUAAUUGCGGAUAUGAGAAAGUCUACGGGUGCUGUAAUAAAGAUAGUUGGCGACCAUCAAGUCCCGAAAUGUGCUUCAGAGACUGAUCAAGUUGUGUUGAUGACAGGAGACUUUGUAAGCGUACGCGAUGCUUUAUACAGUGUUACUGGCAGGCUACGAAACAACCUAUUUUCCAGUAAAACGUCAAAUGGCCCUGGAACCAGGGGCACGUAUGCACGAGGGAACAAUUAUCCCCCUUCUGGCUUGCCUUCUGAUCAGCAUACAACUUUAACUCAGAGUAUGGAUAGUCUCAAAUUGUCAAAUGUCGUAGAUCGUCCUCCAACACCUGGACAAUGGCAAGCUCAGAUAAGCGCCGGUAAUCCAGGGAUGGGACAGGAUGUUGGCACAGGAUCAACUUCCGUCAAAGGCGGCAUUGAGCUUGGCAGUGGAGGUAGAUCUGCUGUAGUAACUAAUAUGAGUGUCGAAAUUAUAGUACCUCAAAAUGUCAUUGGUUCGGUUUAUGGCGAGAAUGGGAGCAAUCUAACUCGUCUAAGACAGAUCUCCGGUGCAAAGGUUGCAGUGCAAAAACCACAUUCGGGAACAACCGACCGAGUCGUAGUUAUAUCUGGUACCCCCGAUGAAACCCAAUCAGCUCAGAGCCUCCUUCAAGCAUUCAUACUUGCUGACCAAUAACAACAACGAGUUCCUGAUCAAUCUAGUCAAAGUCAACGAGGCUUUUCCGAUAAUAAAUAUGAAGAUAUCAGUAGCUACAUUUCUGUAAAAAUGUCCACCUCCUUGCCUGUCUGCAGAAAUGCAGUACUUGCAGUCAGUACUGUCAUCAGCAGCAAGCACCAACUUCUGUAUGUCAUCCUCUUGGUCAAAUUUACCUUUAAAGUUGAAGAGAUUUAUUAGCUUGCUCAUAUGUUCAGUAUCCCUUUUUAUAACUGCCAAUUGCAGCGAACUUGAGAUGUACAAACCGACCGACAAUUUAUAAUGUAUUGUAUCAUAAGCAUGCCGGCUUAAUGGUUUUUA